CGAAAAAUGGGCGCGGUUGAAACAAAAUACUGCGCUCGAAACUUUGACGGGACAGAAGACUCAAGUUCACACACAAGCUCUAAAUGAACUGGACCAAAGUCUUUAUUUUGCAAUUGGUGUUUCAGCCCUGUCUCCAAGCAGUCCCGCUAACCACGACUGCUGAACAAGCCUCAUACAGAGGCCAAUUGGGAGGAGACGUGUUGAUGGGCUGCCGCUUCCACCCUUUGUCACCGUAUCCCUAUGACAAUUUGACAAUGGCCUGGUACUGGAUCUCAGGGGAUCGCUUUCGGGAGGUGUACCGCCUGGAUCACGGGCAGGAGCAAAUGUCCUUCCAGCAUCCGGACUUCAGGGGUCGCGCCAGGGUCCUCAUGGAUGGGAUUAAAGAUGGUUGGGCCAGGCUGCAGGUGUCCAGGCUUCGCAUCAACGACACGGGAACCUACCAGUGCUUAGUGCGGACAAGGAAUGGGGCUGACUUCAAGCACAUUAAUUUAUCUGUCACUGCACCUUAUAAAACGGUCACAAAAAGCAUUUCCAAGUCGGCGGCUGGAGGCGAGCUCGUGUUAAGCUGCCGAUCCGAGGGCUACCCGGUGUCCACGGUGGCCUGGGAGGACGCUCACGGUCAAAAGCUCAAUGCCAGCACUACCGUUGUGACAACUGCGGACCACCUUUUCAGAAUCACCACUCAGGUACGGGUGGGAUCAUCGCAGAAAAACAACUACACGUGUAGUUUUCACAGUAACGGCUCCUCUGCGACUUUUCACAUCCCAGAUGAAACACCGCUACAGAAGGAACACACAAACAAUGCAAAUGUAACCCAGACUGCAUUUGGCACAUGUAUUGGAAUAGCACUGAUCGGCCUCAUUAUAGUGGUACUUCAACUGCGCAGAAAAGGGAGUGUCCGCUAGAGAAGCUUUUUUCUGACGGACAUCGGAGAAACGGCCUUCCUCGAUGGAUUUGAGGCAGUGGGAAGAAGCGCAUCUUUGGUCUUUUGACAUUUCAGCAGAGUUUCAAAGUUUAUAAAGACAAACUUGAUCGCACUGAUUGCUAUAAUAAUGACACUUCCAUUUUUUUUAUGAUUAGUAUUUUGUGUUGCAUCAUUCAUCCAGAGGAAUCUCCUACGCGGAAUAGCUCAAAUUGUCUUUUUGAACCACUUGAGUCAAUAAUAAUGCAACUGAAAGCAAA